AAUUGCAAGUAACCCGCCUAAUUUAUUAUUCUUCGAGUGCUGUUUCUUUUAUAUAUAGAUAUAUACAGAAUCAACAGUCACUAUAUUUAGCUGGUUCACAAGAGACGAACUCUGGACUGAACAGGAAGUUACAACUCGACUCGCAUAAUUUUAUUAUUCUUCCUUGAUCUUGACUACUGUUUCCUUUAUAUAUAUAUAAAACCACGUGCCGAUUGGAAUGAGGACCACUGUCCAUUUUCAAAAGUCAAAUCAUUUUACCCCAUCAACAACCCCUUAUCAUAUUCUUUUCUUGGAAUAAAAUAGAACCCCCAAGCCCAGCUUUUCCUAGAUCUCUCUUCCUCUGAGAGAUCAUGGCUUCAAACAGAUUUGGAGGAUCCGAGAGACUGAUAAACUUGUCCCUACACCUCAGUCUACACAAAACUCUCCACCCCAUCCCCAUUGACAACACCAACCACCACAAUUCCAUUGAAUACCCAACAGUCAAAGACAAGACAGAAGAGGUUGUUUUUCAAGAAUUGGGUUCAAAUGUAGAAUUGGCAACAAAACCAAUUGCCAAGCAACCUGAAACAUUCAGAUCCAAACGAGCUGCGGUUCUGAUCUGUCUCUUUGAAGACAACCAAGGCGAUCUGAGGGUACUUCUCACCAAGCGUUCUUCAACACUAUCCACUCACUCAGGUGAAGUUGCAUUGCCUGGAGGAAAAAGAGAGGAAGGCGAUGCCGACGACAUCGAGACAGCACUUAGAGAGGCCAAGGAAGAGAUAGGCUUGGACCCUUCUCUUGUGAACGUUGUUACUGUUCUUGAAGCUUUUGUAACCAAGAGUGGUCUGACAGUGGUUCCUGUGAUUGGCAUACUCUUGGACAAGAAAGCAUUCAAUCCAACUCCAAAUGAAGCUGAAGUGGAUGCAAUAUUUGAUGCCCCUCUAGAUAUGUUCCUUAAGGAUGAAAAUCGAAGAGCAGAGGAGAGAGAAUGGAUGGGAGACAAAUAUCUACUACAUUUCUUUGAUUAUGAAGCACAGAAUGGGAAGUUGUAUGUUAUAUGGGCAUUAACAGCUGGGAUUUUAAUUACAGUUGCAUCAGUUGUGUACCAACGGUCACCGGCCUUUCUAGAGCGAAAACCUAGAUUCUGGAAUAGGUGCAAAUGAAGAUAUUUGUAUUCCAUUCUAUUUGAUAAAGGUUGCAUUCAGUAGUGUUCUAUGCUAUGUUUCUCUUAUUUUGUGUAAGAAAAUGUGGGACAAGUCAAAAGUCCUACUUCUAUCAUAUUGUAAAGAUACCAUAACAAUGCCAUAAUUUUGAAAGUCACUUUUGUUUUUGUU